AGCGGAAGAUCCAUCUUCCAGACAUCACGAGUUUAUCUCGUGAAGAUCUGGAAGGUCUUUGUAUCCAAGAUAGAAGAGUUGAGAAAAUAAAUCGUUCAUCAAGAAGAACAAAUUAAAGAACCCCAUUGUACAUCGCCUACAACAAUCACUCUUCGAGAUUAUGACGGACUACGCCAAGUCGUUGGGCCCGGCGCCCGACGCGUUGCACUUCGAGCCGGACCUGCAGAAGAAGCUGGAGAAGGUGACCAAGCUCGGGUGGGCGCGCAUGCGAUGGGCGGACGGGUUUUCGUUGCUGCACUGGGCCUGCAAGAAGAACCGGCUCGACGUGGUUCGUCACCUGGUGGAGAAGGCCGAAUUUAAAGACGAAGUAUCCUGUGCAAAAGUAUCGUACUCGUAUUGCAAUCAUGCAUUGCAAAUUUUCUUGUUAAGUCAAAUCCGCCUUACAAAUUUUAUUUCUCAUGCUGGGGGGGGGUGCAAUUUGGUAUCUAACCGACAUUGUGCCAAGAGGAGGGCCCCCCCGGGAACGCCCGGCGAAAGCCUGACAUGGGUUUCACUGUCCACGGGUGGCGUUGCGGGUAAUCCUGGCGAAAGCCAAAAACCGGCAGAAAAUGGGGCCACGGAAGAGUUCUUGCUGGACAUUGCCAACAUUUGCCCACGCAGAGCCGUCCUCUUGCCGGACACAGCCAACAUCUGUCCGAAACAGCCUAGGGCCAAGACGGCACCGCGAGGACGACCGCAGGGGGUCCGUCUCAAUGAAAUGAAACGAAAUGAAAUGCUGAGGAAAUUAAAAUUUGUAAUGCAUUUAUACGAGUGCGAUACUUUUGCAUUGCAUACGAAGUGGACAUCGACCAAGUCGAUGACAACGGCAAGCCGGCGGUAGCCUACACGAAGUCCGACGCCAUAAAGGAGUACAUGGUCUGGCGCCGGAGCUUGAAGAUCCAGGUAACCGAAACCGCCAUCGUACCGGUGGCCAGCGGCGCGGGAGGACAGGCCGGGGGCGCCGGCGGGAGCAGUGCUACCAUGAACAUACCCCCGCAGUGCGAUCCCGAUGUUUAUACAGGUAGAGAAGAAUGAUUGGAGCGGUUGUAUUUAGUUCAUCGCGCAGUGCCGUGCUACAAAUGCACUUCGAUCAAUUUUUCGAUUCGAAGAUUUGUUCUUUCCACUUCAAAUUCAUGAUUGAUCGCGUCUAAUAUAUGUAUCCAACAUCUUAACCCCAGAUCUGAAUGGGCUCCUCCGUCCCUUCGUGCAACACAUGCUAGCGUCGGACGAGUCUGUGCCGCAGGCCAUCGAGGAGCUGAUGGACCGGUUUGCCAACAUGGUAUUCGAAAAGCGGUACGACAAGCUCACCCAGAUGGUCCGAGAGGCCGCCCGGGAAGAGCCGAACGUGGUAAAAAACGCACUACAGAUGGACGGGGGCGAGCACCACAACAAAAUCGUGCCCGACCACGGUCCCCACAUCGAGGGGGUCCACGACAACGAAGACCGGGGGGACGAGGCCUUCAGCGUGUCAGCGUACGCGCACCGCAGUGUCAGUGUGUCCGCUGAGCUGUGGAAAAACCGAUCGGCAAUCAUCGAGCGCAUGUUCCAAAUCAACCGACACGACAGGGACCUGGGGCUAGUCAUGGGUACAGCUAUUUUCAAAGGGUUCGUAACAUGAAAAUCAACGGUGAAAUGAAAUUGGAAGAAAUACUAGCGCGAUUUUAUCGAGAUGCCAUAUAUGAAAAUUAUCGCAACUACACAAGCUAAAAAUGAAUAUAUGAAUUCAAUCUCCACCAGGUCUUUCCGGUUGUCACAUAAUUGGUUUCGCGAACGAGCGUCUGGUAUCAAAUGCAAAAUUUUCUGGGUGUGGAAGGUCGUCGUAAAUUCUCAUGCUAAACCCGAAUCGUGCGUAAAUCUGUGUUGCAUGAGUGCCAAAAGCUGUCCACCUUCGACCAAGCUGGGAGGGAGUUUCGGAUGCAGGAUGGGCAUGACAGAGACCUCGCAGACUCUGUCAUGCUAGGUCCCGCAUUUCCGACCUCAUGGGUCAUGGAAAACAUGCAUGACAAGACUACACUCUUCCAGACCCAGACAUAUUUGCAGUGCAUAUCUGGUGCAUGAUUUCGAACUGGGCGACCAAAUUGUGAGUGUGGACGGGCACCCGGUGGGCUGCUCGAUGGAACUUUGCCAGGCCCUCCGAAUCGAGCUCCGGGACCUCGUGCCCAGUAAAGGGUGCGUGCUCAAACUCGGGAUUAAGCGCGGGGCGGGGGAGUUGAUGCAGAAACUACUGGACGACGGAUAUUUGGUAUGUUUUUUCUUUUUCUCUACCGUGGUAUGUCCAGCUUUUUUAUUUAUUUCUCGCACUACUUUUUAACUUUUUAAUCUUGAAAAAAUAUCUUUCUCCAACGUCUACUUGUAAGUAUAUGUAUGUUGACCGCGACGAUUUUUUGGUAUCAUUCCUUCGAGGCCGCUCCUGCCGCUGCGCUGGCACGACCUAAGUAGGAUGAAGAAGUAGACACUCGACUGUAAUGUAAUUAAAUUACUUACAUCAUCGAUUCAACUUCAGCUCCCCGACGUGUCCCAAUUUUUUUCGUCGCGGAAAGACAUGAUGAUUCUCGGUUCCGCCGCGUUGAAGUCCGCUCUCGCUUGCAUGCCCGGCGGCGAGGAUGCCACCUACAUCCUGGGGCACUGCUGCGACGACACCGAGGAGGCCCGGUACCUGCUGAACGGGGUUUUGGGGAACAUCCGCGAACUGAAAGUCGAGCUGCAGUUUCUCUAUGCAUUGCAAAAAAAGUAUCGUACUCGUAUAAAUGCAUACAAAUUUCCUCGGCAUGAAAAAUUAAAUUUGUAAUGCGGAUUUACCGUAAGAAAAAAAGGUUGUAAUGCAUGAUUGCAAUGCGAGGACCAAGAUAAAAAAUAUAUAUUUUUUCUAAAUAUUAAUUUCAAGUACGAUACUUUUGCACAGGAUAUUCUCCCCGGUAGACCAAAGUCGUUGGGCCUGGAACUCGCGAUUGGGUCCACGAGGAUUCGCAGAUUCGCACUGAACGCCGCUAAUUGCAAGUACGUGGGCAAGAAUUACUUCAUUGCCGAAGACAUCAUCGUGUCUGUUACGCAAUACAACAAUUUUAACCCCGUGGUACACAUACAAAAUGCCGCAUCGUAGAUGUUUUUUAUUUCCAUGAUGAUUGUCAUGCUGAUCAGGGUUCUUGCGAAAAAGAUUUCUCAUGCGGACGAGCCAGUUUAAUUUGUACGUGUACCAGAUGGAAUCGUUAAUGUCCAUAUCCGUCGGCGGAAUCAAGUGCACCACGGAGCAAGAACUGAAGGAGGCCUACACAAUCGCACGAGAUAACCAUGACACGAUUAGCUUCGUUGUGAAGAGGGAGGUAUUUGAACUAGUUUUUGUUUUAGUGCUGGGCGACAUUGUUUUUCAUUCAGUUUUGGUUGUAUGUCGGAGGAAGUUGUCAAAGUCUGCGUUUGCAUGUCGAAGGUUGUCAAAAGCUCCAAACUAUAAUUCGCGUACGCACACCCACAACACCCCCAGGUCGGCAACGAGCAGCCUGAGCUUGAUUUCGACCCCAACGCCGGAGAGCAGUAUGUGGACCAUGGUAUCGAGAACCCCCACGGCGUGAAGACCACCUACACCGUCGAGAACGUGAAGGAUAUGGUCCCGGAAGAGUACAAGAAAGCCAUCGAAAAAGUCGAGCGCCGCGGGUGGGCCAACACCAAGUGGGAUCGGGGGUACACGCUGCUGCACUGGGCCAGUCGCAGCGGGGAUUUGGACCUCGUAAAAUUUCUCAUCGCGGCCUUCAAUGCGGACGUGAAUGCGAAAGACGACCGGGGCUUGAAAGCGAUCGACCACGCAAAGAAGAAGGGACACACCGAGGUCAUCACCUUCUUCCAAACGGUGUGCGGCGUCACGGAGUAGACUAUGAAGAUGCCGCAACUUCUGUAGCGGUUGCUUGUAGAAGAAGAAUGAUAAAAGUAGCUCGAGCUCGAGCAGGCAGAAAAAAAUUAAAAAUGUAUGGAUUCAAAUGCAAAGACUUGUACAAAUGUAGCUGGGACAGUACCAGUAGGAGGAGAAAACGAAAACCUGCGACUAUUGCAGACGGUGGCCGAAAAUGACUAUUUCAAAAUGUACACGUUUCCGUUUCGCGCUGCUAAAAGAUUAGAUUGUCCCUGAAGUAAUAUCAACGUCCAUAACUUCCAUUUUGCAGAUAGAACAAACAAUGCCAAGUUUAAGAAUUAUUCCAAGCGAAGAGAAAUUAAGAUCGAUUCCAAUAUUAUACUGAGUUUCAGCAAAUUUUACAAAAAGCCGGCACGAUUUCACGUGCUGUGCGAUGUAGUUCUUAUCAGACUUUACCCUGUUGAAGGAAAAGCUUCGAAAACUAAAUUCAAGUUUCAACCGUGCAUUGCACGGAUUGACCCGAAGAAGUUUCGCAGACACAGAUAGCAAUCCAAGAUGAAAGGUUUCAAACAAUUUCCAAAUCAAGUUUGCAAUACAAAAACUUAAACUUGUAUUUGCUUAGUGUUGAUGAAUAUUCUUAAUUCCAAUUUCCAAUUUAGCAUACCUCUACUAAAAGCAGACUCAUCUCCUACCGCUGCCGGGGUUCAUUCUCGUACGGUGCUCAUGCGCAGGGAGAGAAGAACAUGUGGCGCCCGUAGUGGAGAAGCAGAAAAACGACCUAGAAUUGAACUCAGAUGAUUUCAAGCAACGAUAAGAUUUGGCGGAAUUUUGCGAAUGUUGUAAAUAAGUCGCACGCUUCAGCAGCUUGAGAAGCACCAACGAAUUGUACCAAAAGCCUGAAACCCUGUUUGUACUGUACCGUAGCGACCUAGGUAAUCAACUUGAACUUUGAAUGACCGGACUCAAGUUUAUUUUCAAAAAAAUCUUUCAACGCGAAAAAGCAACUGAAACGUAAUAAAAACUCACAACUCAAUAGGCAGUCGAUGAGCGUGGGAGCUAAACCUGUG